AUGGAAAGACUAGCAGCCAUUGCUCGACGGCACCACGAGGCCGAUGAAGCCACGACGCCCGAAGAAAACGAUCCACAGCCCGGAAAGCGGAGGCCAGUCGAAACCAUCAUUAUCGGCCUCUCCGGCCCGUCGUCCAGUGGCAAGACCACGCUCGCGCGGCUUCUGCGCGAGAUUUUCAACCUCGAAACCCCAGCGCUGAGCCUCAGUCUGGCGAUCCUGCACCAAGACGACGCGUACAAGACCGACAAGGACGUCCCGACCGUGACUGUUUCUUCGGAACAAUUCGGCACCCGCGAACUCCAGGACUGGGAUUGCGUCGGCUCGCUCGACCUGCCGCUCUUCGAACACACGCUGAAACACCUCCAGCAGCAUGGAUCCUUGCCCGCGGACAGUAUCUCCAAGGAGGACCAGAACAGCGUGGGGGAAAGCCACGUGUCGGCGCGGGAUGUGCAGGAAUGGAAGGAGAAGAUGAGAGCGUGGUUGGAUGAUCUCGCGAGGACGAGGACGCAUCCCGCACCAGAGAGCUCGAGUGCGUCCGGUGCAGAGGACAAAGGAAAGGGCGGAAGCACCGACGGUAGAGAAAUAAGAAUCUACAUCGUCGAUGGCUUCCUGCUGUAUCCGCCUCCGCCUCCACCGGCGUCAGGGGCCGGGUCAGCGUCAGAAUCAGCAUCUGGUACUCCAUCCACGACCACGACCACGACCACGGCCACGACCACAGCAACGUCACCGCAUUCUCAAGAGCAGCUGAAUCAUCUAUACGCCUUGACUCACAGCGUGAUGCAUCCCAAACUGUUCAUCCCCUCGACGCGCGACCAGACGCUGACCCGCCGGGCCGCCCGAUCCGGCUACGUCACGCUGGAAGGCUUCUGGACCGACCCGCCGGGAUAUGUCGAGGAUCUGGUCUGGCCCAACUACCGCCGGUAUCACGCGUGGAUGUACGAGGGCGGGAAUGUCGACGCCGAGAUCUUCGACGAGCGGGUGUGCGAGGGAGAGGGUAUCAGCGUGUGUCCUGGGGGUGGGCACUGGAGCAUGCAUCAGGUGCUGGAGUGGGCUGUAGGGCGGGUGAAGGAGGCGGUGGAGGCGAGAGUAUAG